ACGCCUGGCCCGGCCAUCAUUCCCGACGCGGCGGCCCCUCGGUGCGCCCGGCCGGGUCCCCGAGCGCCGGGUCCCCGAGAUGAGCGCGGGCUCGGAGCGCCGGGCGGCGGCGGCCCCCAGAGCGGUGCCCGCGCCCCGCGCCUCCAGGGUGGAGCUGCGGCUUAGCUGCCGCCACCUGCUGGACCGCGACCCGCUCACCAAGUCCGACCCCAGCGUGCUGCUGCUGCUGCGGUCCCAGAAUCAGUGGGUGCAGGUGGACAGAACGGAAGUGGUCCGGAGCAGCCUGCACCCUGUGUUCUCCAAGGUCUUCACGCUCGACUACUACUUUGAGGAGGUGCAGAAGCUGCGCUUUGAGGUCUAUGACACCCGAGGACCCAGCGACCUUGGCUAUCAGGACGAUGACUUCCUUGGGGGCAUGGAGUGCACCUUGGGGCAGAUUGUGGCCCAGAAGAAGGUGACCCGUGCCCUGCUGCUCAGGUUCGGCAGGAAUGCCGGCAAGUCCACCAUCACGGUGACAGCUGAGGACAUCUCCGGGAACAAUGGCUACGUGGAGCUGUCCUUCCGGGCCAGGAAGCUGGACGACAAGGACCAAGCGCAGCCUCUGCCCCUCCUCCAGGACCUCUUCAGCAAGUCAGACCCCUUCCUGGAGCUAUACCGGGUCAAUGACGAUGGGAGUGAGCAGCUGGUGUACCGGACCGAGGUGGUGAAGGACAACCUCAGCCCCGUGUGGGAGCCUUUCAAGGUGUCACUGAACAACCUCUGCAGCUGUGAGGAGACGCGGCCUCUGAAGUGCCUCGUCUGGGAUCACGACUCCCGCGGAAAGCACGACUUCAUCGGGGAAUUCUCCACCACCUUUGAGGAAAUGCAGAAAGCCUUUGGGGAGGACCAGGCCCAGUGGGACUGCGUGAAUGCCAAGUACAGGCAGAAGAAGCGCAAUUACAAGAACUCUGGGGUGGUCAUCCUGGCAGACCUGAAGUCCUACAGGGUUCACUCUUUCCUGGACUACAUCAUGGGCGGCUGUCAGAUUCACUUCACCGUGAGUGCACGGGCCCCUCCACACCAGCAGAGUCCGGGCGCCCUGCCCACCCUGGAUGUAACUCGGAGCCUGGCCCGGGGCCCGGGGCGGAUGUGCAGAAGUGGGUGGCCAUCGAUUUCACAGCCUCCAACGGUGACCCGCGGAACAGCUGCUCUCUGCACUAUAUCAACCCUUUCCAGCCCAACGAGUACCUGCAGGCCCUGGUGGCCGUGGGAGAGAUCUGCCAGGACUAUGACAGUGACAAGAGAUUUUCUGCUCUGGGGUUCGGAGCGCGGAUCCCUCCCAAGUAUGAGGUGUCCCAUGACUUUGCCAUCAACUUCAACCCUGAGGACGAUGAGUGUGAAGGGAUCCAGGGCGUGGUGGAGGCCUAUCGGAACUGCCUGCCCAGGGUCCAGCUCUAUGGCCCCACCAACGUGGCCCCUGUCAUCUCCAAGGUGGCCCGCAUGGCAGCGGCCGAGAAGAGCACUGGGGAGGCCUCCGCAGAGCAGGGUUAAAACGGCCCCUUGUGCGAUUGGUGGACCCCUCCCCUCCCCACUCUGCCCAUCACCAGCUUCCCGCACCGCGCAGCCGGCUUGUGUGUCCCGUAAGGUCUCCUGGUCUGGACUCUGCUCACCGUGUCCCUUGGUGGCAUUCACCACAUUCUUGUCGUCUGAUUCCCGUGAACAGGGCUCAGGCUUCCCCCGAGGUGACAGGAAUGUCCCCAGGAGGCACCCACGUCUGCUUCUCCCCUCCGUCAGAGCCUGCAUCUUAACCGAGAUGCUUCACGGGGUUGUGUGGGCUGUUAGACCCCCUCUCAGAGCAGCGCUGAUACUGUGCGUAGGUGCUAGGUGUGACCUGGGACCACCCGAUUUUCUUCUCUCUUUCCGUCCUGAGGGAAAGCAGGGUCCCUUCUUUCCAAGGCAGAUACAGCCUCCUGGGGCCGGGCCACAGCCACCCACUGCCCAGCCCUGGAGGCCCCGAGCUCGGGGGCCUCAGAGCAAAUCUGCCGUUCUGGUGGGGGGGGGGGGGUGACGGAGCUCAGCGUUUGAGUAGCUGGCAAAGCUCGGGGCUGUGAGGUCUUAGGGGGCCCUGGACCGAGGCUGGGGGGCAGGAGGAGGGCGUGGGGGCUUUGCCGAGGAGGGGCCGCCUAUGUGGGGCUGAGGGCUGGGCUGAGUCCUGCCGGGAGACUGCCGAGUACAAGGCCACUCGUCCCACGGGUCUGGGGCUCAGAGGGGGAGCGGGGAUUGGGUGGCAGGGACCCCCGUGGGAUUGCCCUUGGUCCUUCCCUCAAGUGGUGGUGUAGGGCCAGCGCCCACUGGGCCGGGUGGUUCUUUCUUCUCCUUUAUGUCUUCUCCUGUCCGGAUUUUUAGUAGUUCUGUUUUGUUUUUGUUUUGUUUUUUUAACAAUGGAAAUGGACUUUUAUUUGAAACAAGACCCGGUCCGUCUGUGCAGAUGCGCCCAGGGCACCGGGCCCAGCUGUA